UUCAUUUGUAAAACAGGCAACAGAAGCGAAAGUCAUAUGAAUUUCCAGAGAAGAGCCGGCUAUGAAGUGCCACUCGGAAGAAGUAAAAAGAGUUAAACUUCAGUGUAUACAUUGCCCUGCUACACAGAAACAAUUCGAGAGGAAAAAUAUAUAUUUUAUAAGUCCAAAUGGAAUCAGCCGUACGAAAGCGCAGAACUCCAUUUCUCCAAGAAAAUAAACAUACGGCUAAAAGGAAUUGCACCUUGGAAACAACAUUACCUCCCAGCACACUAGUUCAAACCGUUAAGAAACCAGUCAAGAAGUUCUCUUCAGAUCUUGCCAAUCUUCCACCGGUUCCCACAAUCGAUGCUUUUCAGCGGGGCUAUCAAGUAGAAUCGAUAUUAGACAUGGUACAAAACACCCACAAGGAGCAGUUUCUCUACAUUAAGUUCAUGAAUCUCAACGAACCCGAGUUGGUUCCUUUAGAACUUGCCCUCCAGCUCGUUCCUCACCUGCUUUCUGAUUUCUACCAGGAAUACGUCCAGGCCUGGCAGAAAAUGGAACAGCUGACGAAUGAUGUAAGCCCUUAAAUGAAAUGCAAUGGGGAAGUGCGAAACUGCCUCGCAUUUAUGACGCAUCCUUUUCUGCAGUCUCGCGUCGAGUUUUAAAUAAUUUUAUGCCUAUUUGGCUCGUACAGCUCGCAAAAUUUCACACCUCAGCCAUCAAAAGUUGGGCGGACGUGCGUGCCAGAAGUUUUUGCCAUCCGCAAAUAAAGGAUACAGAGAAUGCUU